AUGCGACAACCAUCUUUUGAGACACUGAUGCACAAGACCCCUUGGAACGUUCACGAUGACUUUUUGUUGGUGCUCCUUCUCUGUACAUGCAUGAUGCAUGCCACACCGGCCGCUGCAUUAUGGAGCAGGUCCUGCGGGGGAUGUACCUUCAGAGUAUCAGCGGAUGGGAACUUGACAAGGACAGGAAAUUGCACGACAACGUGUACGUCAGUAGAUUUGAGCUAUGCUGGCAUUCGACGAAUAGACGAAGGUGUCUUCAACAACACUUGGAGCUUGACUGAAAUACGUCUCUCCGGCAACAAGCUGACGAGCGUACCUGCGACGGUCUUCGCCGGCCUUGCUAGCCUUCAGUACUUGUAUCUCUCCUCCAACAAGCUGACGAGCAUACCUGAGACGGUCUUCGCCGGCCUUGCUAGCAUCCGGGUCCUGAUUCUCUCCGGCAACGAGCUGACGAGCGUACCUGAGACGGUCUUCGCCGGCCUUGCUAGCCUUCAGUACUUGUAUCUCGACAACAACAAGCUGACGAGCGUACCUGCGACGGUCUUCAACGGCCUUGCCAGCCUCCAGACCUUGUAUCUCUCCUCCAACAAGCUGACGAGCGUACCUGAGACGGUCUUCAACGGCCUUGCCAGCCUCCGAAGCUUGUAUCUCGACAACAACGAGCUGACGAGCGUACCUGAGACGGUCUUCGCCGGCCUUGCUAGCCUCCAGACCUUGUAUCUAUACGACAACGAGCUGACGAGCAUACCUGCGACGGUCUUCGCCGGCCUUGCCAGCCUCCAGACCUUGUAUCUCUCCUACAACAAGCUGACGAGCGUACCUGAGACGGUCUUCGACGGCCUUGCCAGCCUCCGAAGCUUGUAUCUCUCCUACAACGAGCUGACGAGCGUACCUGAGACGGUCUUCGACGGCCUUGCCAGCCUCCAGUACUUGUAUCUCUCCUCCAACAAGCUGACGAGCGUACCUGCGACGGUCUUCGCCGGCCUCACCAGCCUCCAGACCUUGUAUCUCUCCGGCAACGAGCUGACGAGCGUACCUGAGACGGUCUUCACCGGCCUUGCCAGCCUCCAGACCUUGUAUCUCUCCUCCAACAAGCUGACGAGCGUACCUGAGACGGUCUUCAACGGCCUUGCCAGCCUCCAGACCUUGUAUCUCUCCUCCAACAAGCUGACGAGCGUACCUGCGACGGUCUUCGCCGGCCUUGCCAGCCUCCAGUACUUGUAUCUAUACGACAACGAGCUGACGAGCAUACCUGCGACGGUCUUCGCCGGCCUCACCAGCCUCCAGAGCUUGUAUCUCUCCUCCAACAAGCUGACGAGCGUACCUGAGACGGUCUUCGACGGCCUUGCCAGCCUCCAGACCUUGUAUCUCUCCUCCAACAAGCUGACGAGCGUACCUGCGACGGUCUUCAACGGCCUUGCCAGCCUCCAGACCUUGUAUCUAUACGACAACGAGCUGACGAGCAUACCUGCGACGGGCUUCAACGGCCUUGCCAGCCUUCAGACCUUGUAUCUCUCCUCCAACGAGCUGACGAGCAUACCUGAGACGGUCUUCGCCGGCCUUGCCAGCCUCCAGACCUUGUAUCUCUCCGGCAACGAGCUGACGAGCGUACCUGAGACGGUCUUCGCCGGCCUUGCCAGCCUCCAGACCUUGUAUCUCUCCGGCAACGAGCUGACGAGCGUACCUGAGACGGUCUUCGCCGGCCUUGCCAGCCUCCAGACCUUGUAUCUCUCCUCCAACGAGCUGACGAGCAUACCUGAGACGGUCUUCGCCGGCCUUGCCAGCCUUCAGUACUUGUAUCUCUCCUCCAACAAGCUGACGAGCGUACCUGAGACGGUCUUCGCCGGCCUUGCUAGCCUCCAGACCUUGUAUCUCUCCUACAACGAGCUGACGAGCGUACCUGAGACAGUCUUCAACGGCCUUGCCAGCCUCCAGACCUUGUAUCUCUCCUACAACAAGCUGACGAGCGUACCUGCGACGGUCUUCGCCGGCCUUGCCAGCCUCCGAAGCUUGGGUCUAUACGACAACAAGCUGACGAGCGUACCUGCGACGGUCUUCGCCGGCCUUGCCAGCCUCCGAAGCUUGAGCUUAGACUUCAACGAGCUGACGAGCAUACCUGAGACGGUCUUCGCCGGCCUCACCAGCCUCCAGACCUUGUAUCUAUACGACAACGAGCUGACGAGCGUACCUGAGACGGUCUUCAACGGCCUUGCCAGCCUUCAAUACUUGUAUCUCGACAACAACAAGCUGACGAGCAUACCUGAGACGGUCUUCGCCGGCCUUGCUAGUGUCCAGACCUUGUAUCUCUCCGGCAACGAGCUGACGAGCGUACCUGAGACGGUCUUCAACGGCCUUGCUAGUCUCCAGUAUCUGAAUGUUUCCUCUAACGAGCUGACGAGCGUACCUGAGACGGUCUUCGACGGCCUUGCCAGCCUCCAGACCUUGGAUCUCUCCUACAACAAGCUGACGAGCGUACCUGAGACGGUCUUCGCCGGCCUUGCCAGCCUCCGAAGCUUGUAUCUCGACAACAACGAGCUGACGAGCGUACCUGAGACGGUCUUCGCCGGCCUUGAUAGUCUGUGGCGGCUGGAUCUCCACAGCAACCGCCUUGCAAGCCUUGCUCUCAGCCUCUUCUAUGACUGCCAUGACCUCAUGGAGCUCUACCUCAACAACAACCUGCUCUCCGGCCUCCUGCCCGGAUCUCUCGACGGGCUUGUCAGCCUUGAAGCCUUGUAUCUUCACAGCAAUCAGCUCGCUGAUAUCUCUUCCGACGUCUUCGCCCAGCUCUCAUCGCUCACAACCCUCACUCUUCAUAACAACCGACUCUCCAGCUUGUCGCCAGGAGCCUUCGCCGGCCUUGCUCGGCUCACUACCUUGUCCAUACAUCACAAUCGCCUCACCCGCCUCUCGCCCGGAGCCUUUCAAGGCCUGUCGACCCUCGCUACGCUGGACCUCCAUGACAACCACUUGACAAGUCUCACGGCAGGCGCGCUCACCGGCCUUGACGCCAUGCGGGCGUUGGAUCUCUCCAGCAACAAACUCGCUGACCUGCCUGCCCAAGCGCUUCACAACCUCACCGGCUUGCGCAACCUCUCGCUUGACGAUAACCAGCUCACCAGCUUGUCAGCUGGAGUGUUGGAGCCCCUCGCGGGUCUAGAGUACUUGUGGUUGAGCCACAACAGGCUGGCUGAGGUGCCAGCUGGGCUCGGCUCUCUCGCGAGCCUCCGGUACCUCCUGCUGGACCACAACCCCUUGACGUCGCUCGACGUCAGCCUGCUGGACAACAAGCCCGACCUGCGAGCGCUGGGUGUCAACUCCGACGCCUUCAAGGCCCUCUCUGCCCAGAGGCCAAGCGUGCUCGAGACGCUGCUGGAGCUCUGGCUGUGCAAGUCUGACGACGACCAGGAUCAGAGCGCUGCUGGAGAGCUGCUGGACAAGCUGAGUCAGCUGACCGGCUUGUAUCUCUUCGGCUUCGAUCAGUCGCUCAUCCAUGCUGGCAUGCUCAGCUCGCUCUCGAGCGUGCGAGUCCUGUGGCUUGAGGACAACCUCCUCGACCAGCUCCCGCCCGGCACCUUCGACCAGCUGCCGAGCCUGCAGUCUCUCUACCUCAUCCACAACGGUCUGACGGCUGUACCGGUCGCUGCUCUCAGCAACCUCAGCGGCUUGACGGAGCUGCACAUAGUCAACGACGGCAUCACGAGAGUGCCAGCAGGAGCCUUCAGGUCCUUGUCAGGGCUGAGGACGUUGGAUCUGUCAGGCAAUCUGAUCUCGAGCAUCGAAGCAGAAGCCUUUGACAACCUGGACAACGUGCGACAGCUGGACCUCUCUAACAACAGACUCGUCAUGCUUGACGUAGCGGAGCUGCGCGGGCUUGGAAACUCAGAUUGGAUGUCAAUCUAUCUCUACGACAACCCCAUCGCCUACAUAUCGGUGCAGAACAACUUCUCGCCUCGUAUCAUCUACAUCCUAGGCAGUCACAAGCUUUUAUGCUACAACCGCAUGUGGAAAGCUUUCUACAAUGGCCUUGAGGGUUUCAUGUACAAACGCUACAUGCAUGGACAAGUCUUGCUGCAACAAUAUGACUAUGACUAUCUCCCGCUGACGCUACCAGCCUGCCGCGAUCAGACGAGCAACGGACCACUACCUGCAUCGUCAACCGUCAAGCUAUCAGCUCCAGUCUCCACCACCCCGCCAGCUCCCCUCAUCACUACCCCUCCACCUGCUGUAGACACAACUCCGAGGCCCCUCAGGUCAGACAACUCAUCGCUGGCUCCGAGGACAGUCGCUGCUGUCUCUACUCUCAUCGCCUCCUCCACCGCCGUCGCUGCCACCACCAUGAUCACCAGCGCCAUGGUCUCCGCCGCCCUCCCAGCCGUCUCCUCGGUCAGCGGUACCGCCGCGUCCGCGUCCGUGUCAGCGUCCACGUCAGCAUCGACAUCGGCUUCGUCGGGGAGGAGCGGGUCGUUGGCGCUGUCUCUGAUCCUUCAGACUCAGUUCAUCUCCAUCAGUGAUCGGAUCGCCGGAGGGUCAGGCACGCAGGAGAUCGACUCGCUCGCAAGCAAGCUCCGUUGGUCCAACUACUACUUCUUCCCUCUCUUUCCCAGCUCCCUCAACGACCCCAGGUGCGCCGACGCCAUGCGGUCUGACAACGAGCUGCUGUCGACGGUCGUGGCUUGUGCUGGGGCCCUGGUGGUCACGUCGCUGCUUCGAGUGUCUGUGAGCAAGCUGUACGUGUACUGGAGGGAGGGCAAGCUCUCGGACGAGGUCUUGACGACUCCGUUUCUAGCUUGGGAGCUGCCGGUGGCCGUCACUCAGGUCCAGGGCUUGUCGCUGUCGGCUGCUCUAGCUACGAGCAGCGGGUGUGUCAUGUACGUUGUGUUGGGAGCGGUGCUGCUGCUGCUGCUGCUGCUGGAGCUUGCUGCCAUGCUCUACUCGGUGGCUCGCGGGCGUGCCUCAGACAUCGUGUGGACCGCCAGGUCUCGUCGAGUCGCGUGGGCUGAGGCCAGGGAGGCGCUGGGGCAGCUGGGGACGAGGCCGUUGACCGAGGUCACUGAGGCGAUGAGCGCUGUCUUGGCGCGGGGGUCGUGGAAGAUCGACGAGAGGAGAGACCGGCAGCUGGCGUCAUGGCUGUACGUGAAGCGGUUCGGAGCGCUGCUGGAGGAGGUUUGCCAGCACGCGUGGUGGUAUGGGCUGUACUCCAUCGCUGUGCGAGUCGUCUACUCCUUGACUGUGUCUCUGCCGAUGGUCGACGAGACGAGGACGGGGAUCAUGUCAGGCUUGCUGCUGCUGGACCUCGUCUUGCUCGUCGCCUUCACUCCUCAGCUGGAUUGGCUCGCUUGGCUGUCGCAGCUGCUCGCAGCUCUCGGCAACUUUGGCAUCUGCUUGUCCUUCCUGGCGGCCUCGAUCUGGACGGUGAAGCCGGAGACCCUCAACCAGACGUUCAUCGUCUGCCUACUCGUCUCCAUGAUGCCCAUGAUAUUUCUCAGCUUGUGCAAGGACGCUUACAAAGCUUUCAGCGCCGUCUCGGUCAUCUCGAGGAAGCGCAAGCAGAUGACGCGCGUGUCGCAUGAAGACCCUGCUGCAGCAGGGGAUGAAGUCAACGAUGGGAAGGAGGAAGAGCGAGAGCAGGAGGGGGCUGUGCUGCAUCUAGACCCAUCAGCACAGAUUGUACCCAACGGUCAAUAA